UGUUUUCUUGAUUCCGAUAACACGAAAACCACACAUCCACCAGCUUUGUAACGAAGCCAGCAGUGAGGCGAGCCUAAACGACGGACGAUUCCUAACCAGCCAUGGCGGCGAGUGCAGCAGCCGAAGGCGAGGCAAGCACGAGUAGCGAAGAUGGUAGCUUUACGGAGCCGGAGGAGGGGUGGGUGGGGCGCCUCGGCGUGCCGGUGGCCAUGGUAGGGGACCCGUGCGAGGAGGUGAUGCUGCUGUGGGGUUUGCGCGAUCCCUUCACGGCGCGCAUGGGGUGCUUCGUGGAUCAAGCCGCCACCACCGUCCGCAUCGAGGCGUGCGGUCAGGUCCUCGACAUGCUGCAGUCGCCCUCCUGCCUCGUUCGGCCAGGCGUGACAGGGUCGGUGCUGUGGGACAGUGGCGUGGUUCUGGCCAAGGCAUUGGAGCACCUGGCGGACUCGGCGCGCUUGCCUAUCCGAGGCUCUAGGUGCCUCGAGCUGGGUGCUGGCUGCGGCCUCGUGGGCAUAGUGGCAGCGCUGCUGGGAGCGUCCCACGUGCACAUCACAGACCAGUUCGACCGCCUGCGCCUGCUGCACCGCAACGUCUGCCACAACCUGCUCCCCUCGCACCCCCUCUCCGCCCCCUCCUCCUCCUCCUCCUCUCACUCUCAUGGAUCCUCCUCCUCCCACCAUGCAUCGGCCAGGAAAGCGCCGAGCAGCAGUGGCAGUGGUGGGGGUAGCGGUGGGGGGGCGAAGUGCAGGGGAGGAGCAGGGAAGGGCGGCUCAGCAGCAGCAGCAGCAGCAGCAAGAGCUGCCAUUAGUGAUGGGGGAACGGGAGGAGGAGGAGGGGAUAGUGGGGCGUGGCCGGAGGUGGUGGAGUUGACCCAUGGGAGGAAGGGCGAGGAGACGAGAGUGCGAGUGCGGGUCUUCGAGCUGGAGUGGGGGGAGGACAUGGUCCUGCCGCGAUUCGACGGCGACGAUGACGAUGAUGGUGAUGAUGCAGAUGGGAGGGAGGAGGGGGGGGACGAGGGGGAGGGGGGAGAUGGAGGCAGUGAGGGGAGUGAGGGGGGAGAGGGGGGGAAUGGGCGGGGGCGGAAGGGGUAUGACUUUGUGUUGGCGUCGGACGUGGUGUUCAGUGAGGAAGGGGUGGAGCUGCUGAUGCUGGCGCUGAGGCAGCUCACGUGUGCGAACACCACCGUGCUCAUUGCCGGCGAACUCAGAAACGACGAGGUGUUGCAGUUCUUUCUGGAGCAGGCACAGCCGCUCUUCACAGUGGGCAGGCUGCCAGACGCCCAUCUGCACCCGGACUUCAUCAGCCGCAGGGUCGUCGUCUAUUGCCUCGCUCGCCGCCGCGUCUGAUCUAGUCUGAUCUGGUCUGAUCUGAUCUGAACUCCCUCUGGUUUGGGUGUUCGUUAUUUUCCCUUACCCUCACAUUCCUCGCUCGUCGUGCCUGAUUCUGCUUCUCAAGUGGCCCAAAGGGCAAUACCCUGAGCACCUGAGCAAGUCCCUGAGCAAGUUCCUGAGCAAGUCUCUUAGGUAGUCCCUGAGCUAGUGUUUGAUUCUGACUUUCAUGCCAGUGCCCGUGAUUGCUGUCGCAGUUUCCGUUCUGUUAAAUUAUAUAUUUUAGAUAUAUAUUAUGGUAGGCUUGGUAGGUGUUAUCGGAUUCUACUGUAGAGGGUACAACCCCCCUUCUUGUACCGUAUCCCUCUCUUUUCUAA